GGAUUAAUGUUCGUGUCUCUCUUGCUGGGCUUGCAUGUCUUCAGUUCCCCUGGUGUCUUCUCUCUCUGCCUCUGGUGGUGCUCUCUGCCGCUGUCUUCCCAUCUCAUUUUUGCCCUGUCCCCUCUUCUCCCACCCCGAGUCCCCCUCCGCGGGUCUGUGGCUUGUUCUAGGAUCAACCCCUCCCCUGGGCUCCUGAGACUGGUGGUGAAGAGCCUGGCUUUACAAUCAGACCCACCGCUUGCUAGCCUGUGAUAUGCCAGAUGCAGUGAUCCGCCAGCCCCUGUCGUGGCCCGGCCUUCCUCUUCCAGCCACCCCCUCUGUCCACGUCCCUGAGGGCCCACCACCCUCAUCCCUGCUGGCCACCAUGUCGACCUCGUCACUGCGGCGCCAGAUGAAGAACAUUGUCCACAACUACUCAGAGGCCGAGAUCAAGGUCCGCGAGGCCACGAGCAACGACCCCUGGGGCCCGUCCAGCUCACUUAUGUCUGAGAUCGCUGACCUCACCUACAAUGUCGUUGCCUUUUCGGAGAUCAUGAGCAUGAUCUGGAAGCGGCUGAAUGACCAUGGCAAGAACUGGCGGCACGUCUACAAGGCCAUGACGCUGAUGGAGUACCUCAUCAAGACGGGCUCGGAGCGAGUGUCGCAGCAGUGCAAGGAGAACAUGUAUGCUGUGCAGACGCUGAAGGACUUCCAGUACGUGGACCGCGAUGGCAAGGACCAGGGCGUGAACGUGCGUGAGAAGGCCAAGCAGCUGGUGGCCCUGCUGCGUGAUGAGGACCGGCUGCGGGAGGAGCGUGCCCACGCGCUCAAGACCAAGGAAAAGCUGGCGCAGACUGCCACAGCAUCCUCUGCAGCCGUGGGCUCUGGGCCCCCGCCCGAGGCAGAGCAGGCGUGGCCGCAGAGCAGCGGGGAGGAGGAGCUGCAGCUGCAGCUGGCCCUGGCCAUGAGCAAGGAGGAGGCCGACCAGCCCCCGUCCUGCGGCCCUGAGGAUGACGUCCAGCUCCAGCUGGCCCUUAGUUUGAGCCGUGAGGAGCACGAUAAGGAGGAGAGGAUCCGCCGUGGGGAUGACCUGAGGCUGCAGAUGGCCAUAGAGGAGAGCAAGCGGGAGACGGGGGGCCAGGAGGAGUCGUCCCUCAUGGAUCUUGCUGAUGUCUUCACGGCCCCGGCUCCUCCCCCAGCUUCAGACCCCUGGGGCGGACCAGCGCCCCUGGCCACCGCCAUCCCCACGGCUGCCCCCACCUCGGACCCUUGGGGGGGACCCCCUGUCCCUCCAGCUGCUGAUCCAUGGGGUGGUCCGUCUCCUACACCGGCCUCCGGGGACCCUUGGAGGCCUGCUGCUUCUGCAGGGCCCCCGGUUGACCCUUGGGGUGGGACCCCGGCCCCCGCAGCUGGUGAGGGGCCCACGCCCGAUCCAUGGGGGAGCUCAGACGGUGGGGCCCCAGCCAGCGGACCUUCAGCCUCCGAUCCCUGGGCCCCAGCCCCAGCCUUCUCAGACCCCUGGGGGGGGUCACCUGCCAAGCCCAGCACCAAUGGCACUGCAGUGGUCGGGGGCUUUGACACGGAGCCUGAUGAGUUCUCUGAUUUUGAGCGACUGCGCACAGCCCUGCCAACCUCAGGGAGCAGCACAGGGGAGCUGGAGCUGCUCGCCGGAGAGGUGCCUGCCCGCAGUCCUGGGGCAUUUGACAUGAGUGGAGUUGGGGGCGCUCUGGCAGAGGCUGUGGGGAGCCCCCCGCCCCCAGCAGCCCCAACCCCCACACCGCCCACGCGGAAGACGCCAGAGUCAUUCCUGGGGCCCAAUGCGGCCCUCGUAGACCUGGACUCGCUGGUGAGCCGGCCAGGCCCCACGCCGCCAGGAGCCAAGGCCUCCAAUCCCUUCCUACCAAGUGGAGCCCCGGCUGUUGGUCCCUCCAUCACCAACCCCUUCCAGCCCGCACCCCCUGCGACACUCACCCUGAACCAGCUCCGGCUCAGUCCUGGGCCCCCGGUCCCGGGGGUGCCACCGACAUACAUCUCUCCACUGGGUGGGGGCCCAGGCCUGCCCCCCAUGAUGCCCCCGGGCCCCCCAGCCCCCAACACUAACCCUUUCCUCCUAUAAGCCUGGGUGGGAGUGGGUGGGCGUGGGUGGGCCCAGCCCAGCUCCCGUCUCUGCUCCCUGGGAGACCAGUGUUGUGAGUGCAUGUGAAGUGGGGACCCCCCAGCACCCUCCCCUCCUGGGGCCACUCACACUACACCUCUUCCCACGCUCCCCACCCACCUCCCGGAGAGAAACUGGACGUGGGGGAUAGGGAGGGUACUGGCCAGAGGAGGACCCCUUCCCGUGGCAUUAGAAAGGGUGGGACAGCUGCACCCCCCGCCCCUUCUCCCAUUCCUGACGGCCCCUCAAUCAGUGUUUGAGCCUCCUCCUCACACCCUCAGUGAAUCCUUGGUGAUGAUUUUGGCAACUUCGGGAAUAAACAGCAGUUCUCAUGGGCACGGCUCCCCAGUUCCCAUCCAUGACUCACGUGGCCCUUCAGCUGGGGGGCCCCGGGCAUGGGAGCCAGCACCGCUUUCUCAGAAGCCCUGGUUUCUGGACCCUUCUGGAACCAUGGGGGUGGGGUGGGGGCUAUGCUGGGGUGCAGGGCCCCCCGAGUCCUGGCAGAGUGGCAGCUGUGCAGGCCCAGGCAUGGCCCCUUGUGAGGGUUGAGCCAGGCACCCUGAGGUCAGCCAGCUGUCGUUCUUUCCCAGGAGAUGCUCUGGACACGAGUGAGGUGACAGGCAGGUACAGGGCACUGGGUCACAGGGCGAGAGGGGCAGCUAAGCUGACCUAGGGUACCUAUGCAGCCCUACCCCCAUGGUGAUCAGGGCUGACCACAUCUCCCGGGCCAGGUGGCCGACGUGAGGAGGGUGGCAUGUGAGCCUCAGAAACAGCUGUGAGGACAGCGGCCCCCAGACGGAUGGCAGCGAGAGAGAGCAUGCAUGGGCGAAGGUGGCGGUCAGACUUCCUGCCGUGCAGUGGACGGUCCAGCGGGCUCUCUCCUGCAGACCAGGCUGAUUGGAAGGUUGUUCGGGCCGGAUGGAUGGAGUGGGGCCACCAGGAGGACGGGCCCAAGGAUGCCCACGUCGGGCCAGUUGGCCCAGGACUUGAGCCCUGCCCGCUCUCUGCAGAUGCCUGUCUGUCCUCUGCUUGGUCCCCUAUGGCCAUCCACAACGGACCCAGCACCCUCGUACUUUCAGUCUGAGCAACACGCCCUUUACUGUGCUGAGGACACCAUUACUCCUCACAAUGAGCAUCCCAGCUCGGGUUAGCAAACUGGUCUUUGCGCUGGCUGCUUGUUUUCGUAAAUAAAGUUUUAUUGGAAUGCA